UAAAUCAAACAAAAAAAAAAGUUUAUGGAUGACGGGCCCAAUGUACCAGUCUCCAGAGCCGUAUUUUAAAAAAUAACAUUUUCAGGUUAUGUGAAGUCUAAAGUGAAGUAAAUAAUAUUAUUUCAUUAUAAAUUACAAAUUAAAAAACACAUUUAAAACAUUUAAAAAUAAGUAGGUGGUUGCUUGAUGAUUACAAAUAUAAAAUGCUCAGACAAAGAAUAACAAAUUUGGUUAAACUUCACAAUUGGAUAAAGCCAAACUGCAGAGCUACAUUACCAGUCACACAAUGCCAACAAAAAAGAUUUAAAAGUGAUUUGUAUGAGCCAGAUUACUUAAUAAGUAUGGAACCUGAUGAACCAGUUUACGAUUGCUUGAAUUUACAACUAAAGGGGUAUGACUUUGCUGUGUUAGAAGCAUGCCAGAAACAAAUACACCGAUAUGCUGAAGCUAUGGGCAUACAAGUUGAUGACUGCUGGGCGACACCGGCGCAGCAAGUGAAGGCACAGCGAUUUAAACUUGGCGGAACAGUUGUUGAAGCGGAAUAUCUUCUGAAUGUUUACGAACGAAAUGUGCAGGUCACUGAUGUACCGACGUGGGCACUAGGGACAUUGCUACGCGUGGUACGAGCGGCUUUACCGGAAGGUUGUACUUUAAAAGUUCAUGAACAUACUAUAGAACAUGAAGAAAUCCGGUACGUCCCGGACAACCAACUCAUUGAAUUGAAGCAACAACUGCAAGAUAUGGGUGGCAGUCGUAGUGAAGUGAAAAAGAAAAGACGAUAAUAGGUAUUUUGUAGUAAUGUGUGAAAACUAACCUUGUUUAAUUUAUUGAAUAAAUUAUUGUAGUAAU